AUCUCAGUGAACAUUUUUCGAACUCUCCCACCCAGCGAGAACCCAGAGUUUGACCCAGAAGAGGACGAACCCGCUCUCGAAGCCUCCUGGCCACAUUUACAGUUGGUCUAUGAGUUCUUUUUACGCUUUCUUGAGAGUCCAGAUUUCCAGCCUUCUCUUGCCAAGCGCUACGUGGACCAGAAAUUUGUUCUACAGCUGCUGGAGUUAUUUGACAGUGAGGACCCGAGAGAGAGGGAAUAUCUGAAGACGAUCCUUCACCGUGUCUAUGGCAAACUCCUGGGCCUCAGGGCCUACAUCCGCAAACAGAUCAACAACAUCUUCCUCAGGUUCAUAUAUGAAACUGAGCGUUUCAAUGGAGUUGCGGAACUUCUGGAAAUUUUGGGAAGUAUCAUAAACGGCUUUGCUCUGCCUCUGAAAUCAGAGCACAAGCAGUUCCUGGUGAGGGUCCUGAUCCCCCUGCACACUGCCAAGUCUCUCUCCAUUUUUCAUGCGCAGCUGGCUUACUGUGUGGUGCAAUUCAUGGAGAAGGACGCCACAGUUACAGAACACAUUAUCCGGGGGCUGCUGAGAUACUGGCCCAAAACAUGCACUCAGAAAGAGGUGAUGUUCCUGGGGGAGAUCGAGGAGAUUCUGGACGUGAUUGAACCCUCUCAGUUUAUCCGUGUGCAGGAGCCUCUCUUCAAACAGAUAGCAGCCUGCAUCUCCAGCCCUCAUUUCCAGGUUGCAGAGCGGGCUCUGUAUUUCUGGAAUAAUGAGUAUAUUCUGAGUCUGAUCGAGGAGAACUGCCAGGUCAUCCUGCCUCUGGUGUUCGGGACGCUUUACAGAGUCUCUAAAGAGCACUGGAACCAGACGAUCAUCUCUCUCAUCUACAACGUGUUGAAGACGUUCAUGGAGAUGAACAGCAAGCUCUUUGACGAUCUCACUGCCUCCUACAAAGUGGAGAAACAGAAGGAGCUGAAGAAAGAGCGGGAGCGAGUGGAGCUCUGGAGGAACCUGGAGGACCUGCGCGAGCGGCGGCUGCAGAGUCUGACUGAGGCCAGCAGAAACCAGAAGAACCUGCAGGACCGAGAAAACACCACCAAGAGCCAGUCAGACACCAGCGCUGCCAACACCACCUAGAAAACACACACACACACAUACACAAAAUCACACACACAUCUGAACCAAUCAAUGCCUCAAUCGCUGUCUAAAAACACACAUACUCACACACAUGCAGACACUACCGUCACAAGCACAUGAACGACAGGCUGUCCAUAUGUAGAUAUCUGAAAAACACUGAAGCACACAUGAUCACACAAACGAAAUGAGUGAGGUUUAAAGAGAAAAAAAUACGCGUCCUACUCUUUCAUACACUCUUCUGCAUCUUUUCUUUCUAAUCCAACACGUCAUGCAAAAAAAAACAACAAAAAAAAAAACACCUGCAUGGGGCGAGACACACACACAUACACACACUUGAAAAAUCCAACACGUAAAUCCUUCAUUACUGUCAUUCCAGAACUGGCUCUGUUUCGCUCGGGUACGAUCCGAGACCCCCGUCAAUCGACCAACAGACUCUGCAUACUGUCAAACGCUGAAGAGGAAUGAAUAACGAUGAUGACGACUCUUUAAAACGUACAGAUUAUAAUGUUCCUACUUCUACAGCUUAUUCUAUGAGUACUUCUAUGCUAAUAUAACUGAUGUUUUAUAUAUAUAUCUAUAUAUAAAUAUGAUAUCUAUGUCUGAUUAUAGUGUUGGUGGGGGUAUUCUAGUGUAGCACCUCAUAAACAUGACUGAAGUAUGCUGCUAGGUAAAACUAAACUGAAGUUCUGAAGUGACAAAAACACUUUAGUCUGUUUUUACGUUUUGAUUUUUUUAAAUCACAGUCCAAAAUGGUUAAGUUAGCAAUAUUCUCGUUUCUUUCGAACAAUGUGUGUCCGGACUAUUUAUUUUAUCAGUAUUUAUUUCAAUCUAUUUGCUUAUAGACAUUCUCUUUUUACGUUUUGUGUUACAAUUUUAAGAGUCUUUUUGUUGUAUGUUGCGUUUAUUUAUUGGUGUUAAUGGGACGGAACUGUGUGUAGGCACAUUGAGAAAGCUUAGGAAGAGAUUGAUGCGUGUGUGUGUGUGUGUGUGUGGAUGUUGUAGAGAUGUUUAUUACGGUUUAGAAGAAAACAGGGAUUAGAUCAGAAUGUACAAUUCACUUUGAGUGUGCGUAAACGCUCAAAUGAACUGCCACUGUUGAUUAUUGAUUUACAGUAGUCUGUGUGUAUUGGGAAAAGGAUGAGAGAUGCAAACAAAAAAGAACGCAUCUGGAUUGACUCCCUUUGUUUGGCUCCUGAGAAAUCUGCAGAAACAUCACAUUUCAUAAAAACAAAAUGGAAAAGAAACAUUGAAAUAGAAUAGACAAGGCAAUAAAUAUGGACUGAAAUUGUACGCAUACGUAGCAUCACUUAAACUAGAGUUGCACUGUCCUUUUGAUCAAUGUCUUGUGUUUAAACAUAGCAAUGUAUUUUUGGGGGACGAGCGGCUUUGGGAUAUGAAUGUACAAUAGUGGGAUGUAAACAUGACAAAUUGUGUUGAGUAACUCAGAAUCAAGAACACUUCUGUCAUUAUUUUCACUCAACCCUUAUGAAAAUGAACCAAAGUUUUAAAAUAGUCAAAGUAUAAUAAUUAAGGUUUGCUACAAAUAUCAUGGAUAAAGGGAGAGUUCAUGUAAAGAGGCACAUUUACUCACUAUUUACUCACUACAUAAGUGGUUUCAAACCUUUAUGAGUUUCUAUAUUGAGCACAAAAGAAGAUACUUUGGAGAAAGAGUGAAACCGCUCACUUCCAUAGUAAGAAAAACAAAUACCAUGGAAGUAAACGCUUUAAAAAUAUCUUGUUUUGUAUUCAACAGCAGAAAGUCAAACAGGUUUGGAACAAGUAAAGGGUAAGUAAAUCAUGACAGAACUUACAUUUUAAGGUGAACUGUCCCUUUAAACAAUACGUCUCAAACUGGAUUCGUGCAGGGCUGCAGCUCUGCACAGUUUUGCUCCAACCCUAAUCAAACACAGCUGAUCCAACUAAUCAAGGCGUUGAAGACUACUAAAGACUAUUAAGCAGGUGUGAUUUGGAGGUGGUUGGAGCUAAAAUACACAGAACUGCGGCCCUCCAGGGAUUGAGUUUGAGACCACUACUUUAAACUAUGGUUAGUGUAACCAAACCAUGGAUAAUUUGUGGUUACCUUGGCUUAACUUAAAAACUUUUUUUAUUUUUUCUAAAAUGUAAGUAAAACAAUGGUUAAUUUUCAUCAGGGGAACCCUCUGACACUUUCUGGGUUUUGUAGCCUACCUUUUGUGUUACCUCAGAAAGGUGCUGAUGAUUCAAAGCUGACCUUUUCAUUCAGUUUUAGUGAGGCCGAUAACGUAGUUCACAUCAUUGACACGAUGCUGAUGUCAUUCCGCUUAUUAAAACACAAGCAGAUGUUUAAAACAUGUUUGGUUUGCACAUAAUAGUGUUGUAAUGUUCCAGGCUAGAUUAGUGACAAUUGUAAUUAGAGUGAUGUCAGAUUGUCCUAUAAACGCUUUCAAACAGCAAGGCAGGCGGUCGGUUACUUCCCAAAAACGUCUGCUUCUGGACAUCAACAGGUGAGUUAAACCCCUUCAGUUCCUUGUUUUAUAGCUGCUUUGUGUCGUUCAACAUGAUUAGGUUUUCGCCUUUUCUAUUCAAUUUCAUCACGGUAUAAUAUUUAGCAGUCUUGAAAUGCAGAGUGUCUUGAUUUGAUGGUUUCAUUAGUCACAUGACCAGAGCUGUUCCAAGUGACGCCCUUCUGAAAGAACGACCAUAUUUUAUAAAUAUAGGCUCAUAUUGAAAAGGUCGAUAAAAAGGUCUGUAAGGACUGCUUUGUCUUACAUUAUAAACUGUACAUUUCCAAAUAUUGUUACAUUAAAU